AUGACGACUCUUCCCCGAAUUUACUGGAAAAAUGACGACAGACUCGUGCGAGCUGAAACCCAAAAAGAGAUUGACAAGUGGUUCUGGAAGUACAAAGUGAACUUCAACGACCCCACCCGAUUCGCUACCGUUCUCCACAAACUCAAUGCAAAAGUCAGCGCUCUCGAAGAUCUCGACACUAGACCCAAAUAUCAAGUGAGACUGAGUUACACUGAUUUGACUACCAUCCGUGGGUCUAAGGCACUUACGGAAAUUCUCAGAGAGAUUGCUGAGCUAAGAAGCCAUAGACAUCGCAUGGAUGCUCUGAGCAUCCUCCAUGAAGUUUAUAGAAGAACGGCAGGAGAGGAACCCCGCAAUAUAAGGCCAACUCCACUGAAUCCAGGUUCUAUACCAGUGUCUAGGGACCCUGAUGAGCUAAAAAGGCCACUAGAUCAGUAUGAAAUGGCUCGUAGAAGGCCAGUAACUGCUGAAGAGAUAGCAAGCACUAUGCCAGAGUGGGAUAUGCAUGAUCCGCUGCCUGGCCCAUGGAUCAGGGAAAAGACCAAUAAACUACCACCGCCGGAUAGAGGGAUGCGGAAUAGAGAAUUGCAGGAAACCCUAUCAACCCAGUUUGCCAAUGAUCCUAACGCUAGAGCCAGCAUCGUGAACUUCCUAAGCACUGGAGCUCUGAAUCCAGGGCGCGUCCAGAGGACUUAUCUCGACAAUCCUGCUGAGAUAUUACGUGAUAUGCCACACCAAGAUAGAGUUCCGAUUAUCAGUGGCCCAAUAUUACCAGGUGAAAGUGGGGAGACGCCAGAGGAAAUAAUUGCUGGGCAAUACGACAUCACCAAUGAUGAGGAAUACUGGCCAACGCUAGAUAUUCUUGAUCUAAGAAGAGGCUCGGAGGAUUCUUGCGGCUAUCUAGAGGAAUCGGACUACAUAUAUCAGCUCGUUGCGCUGGUAAGACGGGUUCUCAGUCAACCAGAGGUUGCAAGAAAUUAUGUGUGGAUCUGCCGUGCGCAUCCUUCUAGAUAUCAAAACGAUACCGAGGACCGGUUCGAAGAUGAGGGCCCACCAACCGCCGAAGAAGUGGCAUGUAUAAUGGCUCUCCUUAGAAUGACAUUUCCAGAGAUCGUUAUAUCGCCAACAAAACACACACUACGGGAUGACAUUGACACGUCGAUGUCUGACUCGGAAGAUACGUUUGAAAAUGAUGAGUCUUCAAGGCUUGAAAGUAAUUCAUCUACGAACGUGAGGGAAUCAGAUGAUUCUUCGUAUAAUCCCAAUGAUUAUCCAGAUGAUGAUGAGGAUGAGGAUUACUUGCCUACGCCCCCCAGAGAGACAAAUCGUAGAUCUGGGAAACGAGCAAGGCGGGGGAUACGAAGAAAAGGUGGGAUAGAGCCAGGACUAGAGGGUCCGGAGACAAUGCACGAGUAUGCCCACCACAACAGAUUUACAAAUCCCACCCAAAUAUGGAUCAGAGAACAAGAGAGAUUACAGCUGGACCUGACAAAUAACGGUAACAACGACACCUGGUAUAAAAUUAUGGACACACCAAGAGGUAUGCGUUGGCUCGUCUCAAACGCAACUGCAGAAUUGACAGAAUCCGAUAACUACAGUAGAUGGGCCUUCCGAGUAGGUGAGAUGGGUGAGGUUAUCGAAUGGUCACUUUACAACUACAUAAUGGAAUCCGAGCUGUCAAAAACAGAUUUAUCAAAAAAUGAAACCCUAUAUAUAACAUGUUGGGGUUCCUACCCCCUUAUCUCGGCACGAUUUCCGGAAUUAUCGCAACUUGAAUUCAGCGCCUUUGCUGGAACUCAAUUGUUUCGAACCCUUCCGCCUAUACGUAUGGUGUCCUAUGACGCUAUUCAAACCUUCAUCAAUCAAAUGACAGCUGCAGAAAGGCUGUUCAAUACGGCGUCCUCUGAUACUGAUACGCAGUCGCAGCUCACCUAUAGCAUACAAGAGCUUUUGCAGAGAGAUAACUCAGUCGACAUUGAGAUGUCGGAUCCAGAUGCAUUGUUCACCGGAUAUGAUCUUGGAUCAGGAGACCUCAAACGAAAGCGAUAUCGCCGAGCCACACAAGCAAUCCGCUGGCAGCAGUGGGAGGCUCAGUUUGAUCCAAAACCCGAGCUUACACUUUUCCCAGUCAGAAAACCAAGUAUUAUUUAUGGCCAACGACCUCCACUGAUUCAACCGGGCAGGCUACCGGGGGAGAAAAUAAGGCCAUUUCUUUUUGGUUACCCCAUCGCAAUUAGUGCUCUAAGUGCUAUAUUGAUCUACGACUAUUCUUACCAAGGCAUCUGGGGCGUCCUAAGCUAUGCGCCGUCGGUAGUCUGUGUUCUGUUUAUAGGAAGUUGUAUUUUGCCUACGAGAACAUUCUUCAAGCCGUUGGCAGAUCCAAGGAUCUAUACUGCUGCCGUAUUGACUUUCUUAUUUCUUGCAUUCGGGGGUCCUGGGUUUAUUAUUUGGAGUACUGAAGGGUUGGAGCUAUGGACAUGGUUGGAGGAUUAUGAAUACGUGACAGAAAUAACCCCCAUAAUAACCGCCCUCACUACCUCCCCACCCACACACCAGCGCCACGUCCUCGAAACCUACUUCCUCCCCGACAGCUCCUUCGACCACCCUCUGUGCUGUGUCUACCGCUGCCAAAACUCCUUCUUCACCUCCCGGUCCGUAAUACUGGCUAUAUACCGGUGGUAUAAAGUCCUAUCACCGAACAUACAGAUUGACGUGAACAGUGUUGCUUUCGAUGAAAGUAAAGGAAAGCUCUACGUAGACAGUACGCAGGUCUUCACAUUCUGGUUCAUCCCGUGGCACCAUAUCGUAGUCUCUCUCGUCAGCGUCUUAGAUCUCGAGAAGCGUCUCGUGGUCCUUUGGCAAAGUGAACAGCACCCAGAAGAGGGGAAAGAGAAAUGGUACAUAGUCCGGCAGAACGACCUCUACCAGACCGACCAAUGGAUUGCCUUUCUGCCAUUUCUGUUUCCGGGGGCUAGGACAAUUAUUAGGAUAGUCAAAGGUUUGGCGGCGUUGAUCUGUUUGGUUGGUGCUACUUUGGCGACCUUGGUGGGGGUUAUUUGGGAGGGCGAGGUGGAGGACAUGUGUGAGCAGUGCAGACAUGCUGGAAGAGCUGGUAGGCAGUCGAAGGAUGUAGGCCUUGAAGAUAGGGCUCAGGCUGCUGUUCUCGAGGAAGAGAGACAACUGGUGGGGCUUGAUGAUUAG